CGGGCUCAACAGCUUGUUGUUCGUGAAUCGCUUUGCAGCUCGAGAGAGGGGAAGCAGCCGCGGUCGUGUAUUGAUCCACACUCUUUCGAGCUGGACUCCCUCAAAUAACCGUAAAGAUGAAGGCAGCAGACGAGCCUGCCUACCUGACAGUGGGGACGGAUGUUAGUGCCAAGUACAGAGGAGCCUUCUGUGAGGCCAAGAUCAAGACUGUGAAACGCAUGGUGAAGGUCAAGGUGACUCUGAAAGGUGAAAGUACGUCCCAGGUGGUGCAGGACGACCAGGUUAAAGGACCUCUGAGGGUCGGCUCCACUGUGGAGGUGAAGACUAACGAGGGUUUAUCCAGUGAGGCCGUCAUCAGUAAGCUGACAGACGCCAGUCUGUACACUGUGGUGUUUGACGAUGGAGAUGAGAAGACUCUCCGCCGUACCUCUCUGUGUCUGAAGGGAGAGAGACAUUUUGCAGAGAGUGAGACGUUGGACCAGCUUCCGCUGACAAACCCGGAGCAUUUUGGAACUCCGGUCAUCGGCAAGAAGUCAAACCGUGGUGGACGGCGUUCGUCCCAGGCUGUAGCUGACGAGGAAAAUGAGUCCACGUCCAGUGAGGACGAGGAGGAGGACAGGAGGAGACUGAACGAUGAGCUGCUGGGGAAGGUCUGCAGCAUCGAGAGCGAGGAGGAUCCCAGCAGCUGCUACCUGGCUCUGGUGGUGUCUCCAAGCUGUAACGAUGAGCUGGUGGUGAAGAAGGAUCAGUGUCUGGUCAGAUCAUUCAGCGACUCCAAGUUCCACACAGUGGCGAGGAGACACGUCCACGCCUUCACCUCCAUCACCAGGUCUGAGUUCUCCAACAGGAGAGGUUUUGAAGCAGCCCAGGUUUUCUUGAAGAGCAGGGAGGUUCCAGAUGUGUGGAAGAUGGACAUGAGUCAGAUUCUGGACUCGUCCUCAAGCGAUGACGAGGAAGAGGAGAAGGAAAGCGACGAGGAGGAGGAGGAGGAGGACGACGAAGAUGAGAGGAAGAAGAAGAAGCACAUAAAGGAUGAGCCGGAGGAGGAACCAGACCCAGAGGAGAGAGACCAUUUCCUGCAGCAGCUCUACAAGUUCAUGGAGGACAGAGGGACUCCCAUCAACAAACCUCCAGUGUUGGGUUAUAAAGACCUGAACCUCUUUAAGCUCUUCAGACUGGUCUAUCACCUGGGAGGCUGCCACAAGAUUGAGUCUGGGACAGUGUGGAAGCAGGUCUACAUCGAUCUGGGGAUCCCCGUCCUGAACUCUGCUGCAUCCUAUAACGUCAAGACCGCCUACAGGAAGUACCUGUAUGGUUUUGAGGAGUACUGCCGCUCUGCCUCUAUUACCUUCAGGACCAUCCAUCACAACAACCCCCGUCCUCCCACCGCACCGGCCAAUGAGAAGACAGCAGGGGUGGAGCUUAAAGAGCUCUCCACACCACAAGUGAAGGUGGAGCCUGUCAGUGACAAGAGGGAGGAGGCGGAGUCAGAGAGCGAGAGCGAGAAGGAGGAGGAGGAGGAGGUGAAGGAGAGACAGUCGUCACCGAGGGGGAGGAGGAGGUGUGUGGGGAGUCAGGUGAAGGCAGAGAGAGAGUUGUCCUCCAGACCAGAGAAAAGAGGAGGAGGAGGAGGAGGAGGAGGAGGAGGAGAGAACAGUGAAGAGCAGAGGGAAGUGAGGAGACGCAGCAACAGAAGAAUGGAUGACUCAGAGAAAGGCUCUGAGGAAGAGGAGGAGGACGAGGAUGAUGAAGAAGAGGAGGAGAGCGAGCGGAGGAGAGGAGACAGGAGUGAGGGGGAGGAGGAGGAGGAGGAUGGAGACUCUGUGACAGGGACGAAGGUCAGGGUGAAGUAUGGCAGAGGAAAGACCCAGAAGAUCUACGAGGCUCACAUCAAGAAGACGGACAUAGACAACGGAGAACAGUUCUACCUGGUACACUACUACGGCUGGAACGUCAGGUACGAUGAGUGGGUGAAGGCCGACAGGAUCAUCUGGCCUGUGGAGAAGGGAACAAAGAAGAGACAGAGGAAGAAGGUGAAGCAAAACAAAGACGAGGUGGAGAAGGAUGAAGAGAAGCCGGCGGCGAAGCCAACGGGAGCGAAGCGUGGUCGUCCUCAGAUCAGAACCACGCCGACAAGCUCCUCCAGCCGCAGCGUCUCUAAAACACCGAGCAACGAGGGACGAUCCAACGGCAAGAGCAGCAGGACGGAGACAUCGUCCAACAUGGCCAACGGAGACAACACUCCUCGAAGGAGAACCAGGAGAACGUCAGGCAUGUAUGACUCAGACAGAGCAUCCAUCGGGGAUUCUGGGAACUCAUCAGAUGACAGCGAAUCAGAAGACCCACCUGAUAAAAAGCCGUCACCUUGGCGAGGGAGGACUGAAGCUGUGCCCUGCCAGGAGGAGCAGCAGGAGGAGGUGAAGGAGGAGGAGACGAGUGAGGUCACGGACAUCAUGUCUCCUAGCAGCUCUGUUGUCCCGGCAACAACAGGUCAGCUGCCUGCUGCUGCCACACCGCCAUGUCCCAGCAUGCCUCAGGAGAAAGCUGACAAAGUGCUGAACCAAUCAGAGGAAGAUGCGGAGCAGGGGGAGGAGCCUGCAGCAGAAGCAGUCACGGUGCUGGUUCACCUGGGCAAGGACAACAGAACGUCUUUGCGGCAGAAGAUGACGUCUCCUGGACAGGAAGUGCUUGCCAAGACAUCUCCCAGCAGGACAUCUCCUCCCCGCGACAGUGCCAACAAAAUGUCUCCUCUUCCCGAGAAGGUCAACAAGAUGUCUCCCACUGCCACAGACAAACCCAAAACGUCACCUGACAAGCAGCAGCAGCAAGAGUCCUCCCCUCUGCCUGCUGUAGAGGAGGAGGACAGGAGCACUCCCCUGUCCUCCCCCAGGGCUAAAGGUCGUAGGGCCAACAUCAGGGAGACGGGCUCUGAAACUCCUCCCAGAACCCCCCUCUGCACUCCCAGCCCCAGCCCCGCCCCUGCCACCAGCCCCUCCCACUUAGCGGACCUGUCAUCUCCUCAUAGUGUCCCAAAGAGACCGGAUGAGCCCAUGGUGAUUCUUCGCUGCCUCUCCACAGAGCACCUCCCCCCAGAGUCUACCACAGUGGACUCAGAUACCGACUCUGCCACUGAGGAGGAGGAGGAGGCGGAGGAGGAGGCAGAGUUACCCGAGGAGAGGAGCAGCGUGGCACUUAAACGUAAAGCAGCAGAGCAGAGAGCAGCAGACAAGAAGCUCUGCCCUGACAGGAGGCAGGAGGAGGCCGCCUCCCCCAAAACUCCCACACCCAAGACAGCGGCUGGAGCUUCACCCAAAACCAAAGGGAGGAGUGAGGGGCUGACGAAGGCAGAGGAGUGGCCCCGUCCAGCAGAGGCGACGCAGAGGGAGGUGUCAGAGGAGCAUCUGACUGGUGGAGCCAUGAAGGAGCCAGAGGUGCAUGAUGGGAUGCCUCCCCUUGCUCCGGGCCCCUCCAGUGCUGAGGAGUUGGAGCCACAGAUCGGCCCCGAGGCGCUGGUCUGCCAUGAGGUGGACUUGGAUGACCCUGAUGAGAAGGAGAAGCCUGUCUCCUCCUCAGAGCACCUCCUCCUGAUGAUGAGGGAGCAGCAACAAGCUCCGCCCCCGCUGCCUCACCUCCUCCAUGCCUCCCUCCCAUCCCCCCACACCCCUCACCUCCCUCACCGCCCUCAGCCUCAGGUCAGGCCCUUCCUCCCGGCCACCACUCCCACCUCCACCCCCUGUCCCGAGGAGCUCCACCCAGCCAGGAGCGCCAUUGAGGUGGAGAGGGGAGCAGCGGGGGGGGAGCAGGAGGGAGACUCCAGUCCUGGGUUUGAUGGCAGCGCCUCCUCCUCCUCCACUUCCCUGCCGUCUCUGCAGGAGAACAAGGACAGAGGUCAGAAGAGGCUGAUGGACUGUAACUCCAGCCCGUCAGCCAAGAAACAGAAACGCAACCAGAAACGACCAAACACACCUGGGAAGGUGGAGAAGAACGGAGCAGGUCACAGCAGCGACAGCGAGGACCAGUCUCGUCUGACGUCUCUGAAGUCUCAGAAGUCUCGGUGUCCUGGUUUGUCGUCUCCGUCUUCUCAGAGUAAAGACAAACAGAACUUCCCCUCCCCUCAGCGCACAUACAAGUGGACCUUCCAGCUCGAUGAGCUGGACAGCAUGUCGAGCACAGAGAGGAUCUCCUUCCUGCAGGAGAAGCUGCAGGAGAUCAGGAAGUACUACAUGACCCUGAAGUCAGAGGUCGCCUCCAUCGACAGACGCAGGAAGAGACUAAAAAAGAAGGAGAGAGAAGUGUCAAACACGACGGCGUCGACCUCGUCAGGCUCCUCAGACACAGGUAUGAGUCCGUCCUCGGCCUCGCCCACUCAGAACACUGUUGCUGUGGAGUGCAGGUGAUGACACGCCCACCCAGGCCGCCCACUCUGAUCCUUCUGUUCAGCCCUGCCCCCUCCAGCCUCAAACUCCGCCCAUUCAGCCAGCUCUAAGGGCUUGAUGGGAAAACAAAAUUAAAAACUUCCUCCAGGUGAGAGUCCAUGAACUGAGGCAGUGGCUGAUGGGAAUGCUGUCACUCCAACAAAUACGGCCGUGUGUGUGUGUGAGGGGGGGUGAAUGGGUUGCUCACCUUAGCUCCACCCCCCCCCCCCCCCCCCCCCCAUCUAUGGACUUACUUCCUGUUCAAGGAGACAAACGUGACGAAAAUCAGCUCGCCGUCUGUUAAGCCACCACAGAGCACUUCUGUUUCCUUCCUUCCUUCCUCCCUCCCUUCCUUCAGUGCAUCCUCAGUACUUCUGCUCAGCGGCUCCUAAUUAAUAAGAGGUUAUUCUUGGUGGGGGGUGGUUAGGGUCAGAGGUCACCUGUGUGGAGUGUUUCCUGCAGGGUUGAACAGAAAGAGGAAACAGAUUCCUGAAGCAGCACAGCUCAUUAUGCAAAUUACUUUUCUUUUUUGAAUUUUUUAAGAAAAUGGAGAAUAUUAUUAAAAAACAAAAACUUUCCUGACUUCCUGCUGUGAGUGUUUUUGGUCUUUUUAUAUGGAAUCAGAGCUUUUAU